UGUCCUUCUGCUGCCUUCAUUGGUAUGGGUAAUGAACGGCUUGGUGCUUCUACGCUUGAUGAGUGGGAGAUAAAUAGCAUUAUUAUCAUAACCACUGUCAGUGGGGGGAGGGGGAGUCAUAAUUGAAUCAGAGCUGCGUCUCCAGGAGGAGAGUUUCGCGAACUCACAGCCAUGGCACAGGCGGACAAGACGAGCGGAGACCGCGUCGGAUCCCCCUUCCCAGACAUCGUAGAGCUGAAUGUUGGCGGUCAGGUGUACGUCACGAGGCACGGCACUCUGCUGGCGGUACCGAACUCUCUCCUCUGGACCAUGUUCGGCCAGCGGAGCCCGGCGGAGCUCAGCAGAGACAGCAAAGGACGCUUCUUCAUAGACCGCGACGGGGUUCUGUUCAGAUACAUUUUGGAUUACUUGCGAAACUUGACGAUUGUGUUGCCAGAUUAUUUUAGGGAGAAGGCAAGUCUCCAAAAAGAGGCGGACUUUUUCCAGCUACACGAUUUGUCCAAACGUCUCCGAUCUACGAUGAGCAAAGACAACUCCCUGAGCGAGGAGGUGUGUCGUGGCGGCGAUCCGGAGGAGGCUGCGCUCGGAGCUCUGGCGAGCACGAGCAUGGCCGUGUCUCCCGGCAGCACACCGAACCCCCGCUCUCCAUCCCUCGACCCACGGAAGGCUGGCUUCAUCACCAUCGGAUACCGUGGCUCAUACACCAUCGGGAGAGACAUCCAAACGGAUCACAAGUUCAGGCGGGUGGCGCGUAUCACCGUUUGUGGCAAGACGUCCAUCGCCAAAGAAGUUUUCGGAGAGAAUCUGAACGAGAGCAGGGACCCGGACAGACCGCCGGAGAGGUACACGUCCCGGUACUACCUCAAAUACAACUUCCUGGAGCAAGCCUUCGACCAGCUCUCCGAGGCGGGCUUUCAUAUGGUCGCGUGCAGCUCCACGGGCACGUGCGCCUACACCAGCAACGACCCGAACGAAGACAAGGUGUGGAGCAGCUACACCGAGUACGUCUUCUGCAGAGACUGAACGGUCCUCAGACGCGGCGGCUCGACCGGAGUACGUCUUCUGCAGAGACUGAACGGUCCUCAGACGCGGGCGGCUCGACCGACCGGAAGCGUUUUAGCCAUCAAGAUAUACCUAUCAAUCUACCAAAUGUAUAACGUCUGUAGACAACAGUGGACCUUUUUGCAGUUAGUGUAUUUAUGAUAACGCCUCUUUUUCUAUCCUGACAUUGAGUUUAAUGUCUAGUUCUGUGACCUGUCCAUUGUUCUUAAACAACUUUAGAUUGUGUUUAUUACAAGUUAAGUCUGAAUCCUUAA